AUGAAUGGCAACGACGCUCAUCGCAUUUCUUCGUUUACGUCCUCCUGCGAGUCGCCAUUUUGCCAGCAUUCGGGACUUCUAACCUCAACCGGUACGUUAGUUGGGUCUAAUUUGCAGCAAUCUGUUUCACCCCUACAAGUACAACCAUGCCUACCUGCAGACGAGGAGAAACAACAACCGGUACAACCGUCCACCAGACAGUCUGUUACCGAAAUUUCUAUUUCUCCCGCCGCGUGGUCGUGUCAGGUUGGCGAGCGAAUAAAACUGAUCUAUUCAGCAUCGGCUACUGCUGCUUCGACUUUCGCUGGUCAGGACGCUGAGAAAGCGGCUGACGUAGAUCCUGAAAAAAUAGUGCCAGCUUUCAGCACCGAUUGUCCCGAUCCCAAUGCUCUUUUGCCACGACCACGAGACGAGUCCUGUCCACUGGUGACAAAUGACCCGAUCGACUGCUUGUCUGAUCACCAACUGCCACACUACCACACUCACGACAGCCUUUCGUGUUCUCAUCAACCUAGAACAUAUGCCAAUUUCAAUUUAUCCCAUCGUUGCCAUCCUUGCCACCAGCUUCCAUAUCCUGAUCCAAGUCCGAAUCCAUCAAACUUGGUCGAGAGUCCUGAUGAACAGCAGCAUCCACACAGCCCAGGUGAGGUGCCAGAUCCUCAGACCAUCAAAUGGGUUCUAGACUAUCUGAUUUUUCAGUUUUCCGACUCUACUCAACCUUCUCUGACUGGCAAUCACACAGGACCAAGGCCAACCUCAUUAUGCCAAUGCCACAGCCAACUUCCCACAAUCAGCCCUACUCACUCCAAGAGCCCACCAAAGCGAGCGAAUAGCUGUGGCUCUCGUCUUGUCGAGUUUCGUGUCAGCAAUUUUGGUCCCUCGAAUUAUGAAAAUGCCCAUCCUAAUCUUCGUCAUCAUCAUCAUUAUCAUCAUCAUUCCCGCCUACAAGCACUCUAUUCUCUUUAUGAUCAGUACCAGCAUCAUUGUCUGAAUUCGCCCAUGCUUCCUUUCAAACAGGCAAAUCCAGCUGAACUAAUCGGCUGCCCUUGUUUGAAGCCGGGAAUCUGUUAUGGGUCUGUGGACCGAGGUUCAUCGUCUCACCAAACUACCGAACAUGAAUUGCCCGUGAUCAAGAUCCAAAAUCAGGAUCGGUGUAAUAUCAUGCAUCCUACUAGUUGUGACACCUCGGUCACCGGUCAUUUUUGGUGUUGCAGAACAUGCGGUUUUUCUGAAUCCUGCUGCUGCAGAACUGCUUCCUGUUUGUCUCCAUUUGGCGGUCCUCGUUGCACCUGCCCAUCUGGUUGUUGCGUUGCGGCCUGUGUUCCGGUUUCAUCAACUCCUUCAGUUUCCCUCAACUCUCUCAGCUCCCUCAACCAGUCGGGACUGUCUGCAUCAUCCAAGCCACACGCUUCAACGGCACGUCUGUCCUUUCUAUCUCCUCCAUGCACAAAAUCGGCCAGUGAUCCUCCACUCGACAUCUCAAGCAAUGGUCUCACAGUUGCUGCAACAUCUCUCAGUUCACUCUAUUCGACAUGCUCCCGGUGGGUCAGUUGA